UAUUCAAUUACGCUUCUGAGAUUUAAUUCGUCAUUACAGAAAGAUGUGUGAUAUGCAAAAAUGUACAAUACAGCAACCGUGGUCUCUGUGUCGGCGUGUUGUGCAUUGAUGUACUCUUGUUGGUGAUCCUUUGUUCACACAAGAUCCUAAGAGAGCUAAUUACGCGGAUAAACUCUUGUUGGUGAUCCUUUGUUCACUCUAGAGCCUAAAAGAGCUAAUUACGCGGAUACGUGGCCCUUUACCUAGAGCACUACGUAAAGACGGAUUGCCACCUUACCCCUACAGUAGCCCCGAACGCCACGUUACGAUGGAAUAUUGAUAAGAGUCACAUGAUUCACAUAUUAUGUAUGGGUACUUGCUUAUCAUUUUUCCAGCGCAGAUAGUAAAGUCGUCAGUCACAAAAUGUUUCAUCUACACAUAUACUUGCAUAAAAAGCUUCCAUUCAUAAAUAUCACAGCUCUUAAAGAGGACGAACGCCCAAAGUACGUAGGAAAUAUCGUUCCUUACAAGGGAGCUGAUAUGUACGAAUUUCCGGCUUGUAAAGUAUGCAAAGAACCCAAAAAGCACAAGAUUGACUGGCUCAGACAAUAAUUGUUUGGGGAGAACUGGAAUAGUGCUGGAAAUCAAUUACAACCAACGAUAAUAAACGAUUACAACAUGUAGGGAACUGAUUUUUGGCAUUAUUACGAAAAGUUUAUUAGACAGUUCUUGAAGUUUGGAGAAAGAAUCCAGAUUUUGAAGCACAAACAAUCAUCGUGAAAAGGAAAGUAUAAGCACUUGUGAGUAAGAAUUUACGUAUAGGUGAACUUAAUCAAAAUGCGCACACCAUUCAUCUGCCACCCUUAAAUUGAGGUAUACACAUCACCAUUAGAGUAUUCUC